GUCUGCCUAGGGAGCCGUGACGAGUCCGGAAGCGCCUGCGCGCGCCCCUCCGCUCGGGAACUAGUUUUGUUCCGCGUUCUUCAGAGAGGAUCGCCUCGGAGAGACCCCCGGAAGGGCCUGCCCGACGCCCUCCAGCACCGCAGCAAUGUCCAGCACCAGCUUCACCUACAAUGAGCAGUCCGGAGGAGGGGAGGCGACGGAGCUGGGUCAGGAGGCGACCUCAACCAUUUCCCCCUCGGGCGCCUUCGGCCUCUUCAGCAGCGACUUGAAGAAGAAUGAAGAUCUCAAGCAAAUGUUGGAGAGCAACAGAGAUUCUGCUAAGUUGGAUGCUAUGAAACGGAUUGUUGGGGCCAAGACUUUUCUGCCAUGUAUAAAGAAGUUAGUAUAUGUUUACUUGGUCCGAUAUGCCGAAGAACAGCAGGAUCUCGCACUCUUGUCCAUAAGCACUUUUCAGCGAGCUCUGAAGGACUCAAAUCAACUAAUCCGUGCAAGCGCUCUGAGAGUUCUCUCAAGUAUUAGAGUGCCAAUUAUUGUACCUAUUAUGAUGCUUGCUAUUAAGGAAGCUUCUGCUGAUUUAUCACCAUAUGUUAGGAAGAAUGCAGCCCAUGCUAUACAAAAAUUGUACAGCUUAGAUCCAGAGCAGAAGGAAAUGUUAAUUGAAGUAAUUGAUAAACUUCUGAAGGAUAAGAGCACACUGGUAGCUGGUAGUGUUGUGAUGGCUUUUGAAGAAGUAUGCCCGGAUAGAAUAGAUCUGAUUCACAAGAAUUACCGCAAAUUGUGUAAUCUACUAAUUGAUGUAGAAGAGUGGGGGCAGGUUGUCAUAAUCCACAUGCUAACUCGAUAUGCUCGUACACAGUUUGUCAGUCCUUGGAAAGAGGAUGUUGAUCUAGAAGACAAUGAAAAGAAUUUCUAUGAAUCUGAUGAUGAACAGAAGGAAAAGUCUGGCAAAAAGAAGAAGCCAUAUACUAUGGAUCCAGACCAUAGACUUUUAAUUCGGAAUACGAAGCCUUUGCUUCAGAGCAGGAAUGCAGCGGUGGUUAUGGCAGUUGCUCAGCUGUUUUGGCACAUAUCACCAAAAUCUGAAGCUGGCAUUAUUUCCAAAUCACUAGUGCGUUUACUUCGUAGCAAUAGAGAGGUGCAGUAUAUUGUCCUACAGAAUAUAGCAACAAUGUCAAUUCAAAGAAAGGGUAUGUUUGAACCUUAUCUGAAGAGUUUCUAUGUUAGGUCAACUGAUCCAACUAUGAUCAAGACACUGAAGCUUGAAAUUUUGACAAACUUGGCAAAUGAAGCGAACAUCUCAAUUCUUCUUCGAGAAUUUCAGACAUAUGUGAAAAGCCAGGAUAAACAGUUUGCUGCAGCCACUAUUCAAACUAUAGGCAGAUGUGCAACCAACAUCUCAGAAGUCACUGACACAUGCCUCAAUGGCUUGGUAUAUCUGCUGUCCAACAGAGAUGAAAUAGUUGUUGCUGAAAGUGUGGUUGUUAUUAAGAAGUUACUGCAAAUGCAACCUGCACAGCAUGGUGAAAUUAUUAAACAUAUGGCUAAACUCUUGGACAGUAUCACUGUUCCUGUGGCAAGAGCAAGUAUUCUUUGGCUCAUGGGCGAAAACUGUGAACGAGUUCCUAAAAUUGCCCCUGAUGUUUUGAGGAAGAUGGCUAAGAGUUUCACUAGUGAAGAUGAUCUGGUAAAACUGCAGAUUUUAAAUCUGGGAGCAAAAUUGUAUUUAACCAACUCCAAACAGACAAAAUUGCUUACCCAGUACAUAUUAAAUCUCGGCAAGUAUGAUCAAAACUACGACAUCAGAGACCGUACAAGAUUUAUUAGGCAGCUUAUUGUUCCGAAUGAGAAGAGUGGAGCUUUAAGUAAAUAUGCCAAAAAAAUAUUCCUAGCACAAAAACCUGCACCACUGCUUGAGUCUCCUUUUAAAGAUAGGGAUCAUUUCCAGCUUGGCACUUUAUCUCAUACUCUCAACACUAAAGCUACUGGGUACCUGGAAUUAUCUAAUUGGCCAGAGGUGGCGCCGGACCCAUCAGUUCGAAAUGUAGAAGUAAUAGAGUUGGCAAAAGAAUGGAUUCCAGCAGGAAAAGCAAAGAAAGAGAAUCCUGCUGAAAAAUUUUAUUCUGAAUCUGAGGAAGAAGAAGACUCUUCUGAUAGCAGCAGUGAUAGUGAGAGUGAGUCUGGAAGUCAGAGUGGAGAACAAGACGAGGAAGGGGAGAAUAGUGAUGCUGGCAGUGAGGACUCUUCCAGUGAGCCUGAGAGUGAGAGUGGGAGUGGGAGUGAGUCAGGAGGAGAAAAUAGACAAACAGCCGAGAGCAACUCCAGAACCAAAGGAACAAGAGAUUCUGAAGAUGGAAGGAAGGAAAAUGAAAAGCCUAAAACUUCAGAUUCUUCCAGUGAUGAAUCUAGUUCAGUAGAAGAAACUUCUUCAGAUUCUGAAUCAGAAUCAGAAUCUGAAAAUGAAUCUGAAUCCAGAAAAGUCACUAAGGAGAAAGAAAAGAAAACAAAGCAAGAUAGUAAUGCUUUUACCAAAGACAUUUCACUUCUAGAUCUAGAUGAUUUUAACACAAUAUCCACUCCAGUUGCAUUUCCCACACCAGCUCUUUCUCCAAGCUUGAUAGCUGAUCUUGAAGGUUUAAACUUGUCAACUUCUUCAUCAGUCAUCAGUGUCAGUACUCCUGUCUUUGCACCAGUGAAAACUCAUGUGCUGCUUCACCGAAUGAGUGGAAAAGGACUAGCUGCCCACUAUUUCUUUCCAAGACAGCCUUGCAUUUUUGGUGAUACGAUGGUCUCUGUACAAGUAACAUUGAAUAAUACUACUGAUCAAAAGAUAGAAAAUAUCCACAUAAGGGGAAAAAAACUUCCCAUAGGCAUGCAAAUGCAUGUUUUUAAUCUAAUAGAAUCUCUUGAGCCUGAGGGAUCCGUUACUGUUUCAAUGGGUAUUGACUUUUGUGAUUCUACUCAGACUGCCAGUUUCCAGUUGUGUACCAAGGAUGAUUGCUUCAAUGUUAAUAUUCAGCCACCUGUUGGAGAACUGCUUUUACCUGUGGCUAUGUCAGAGAAGGAUUUUAAGAAGGAGCAAGGAAUGCUAACUGGGAUGAAUGAAACUUCUGCUGCAAUCAUUGCUGCACCACAGAAUUUCACUCCCUCCGUGAUCCUUCAGAAGGUUGUCAGUGUUGCCAAUGUAGGUGUAGUUCCUUCUGGCCAAGAUAAUAUACACAGGUUUGCAGCUAAAACUGUGCACAGUGGGUCAUUGAUGCUGGUCACAGUGGAACUGAAGGAAGGCUCUACAGCACAGCUUAUCAUAAACACCGAGAAAACUGUGAUUGGUUCUGUUCUGCUGCAGGAGCUGAAGCCUGCCCUGUCCCAUGGGUAACCUGCUUACAUCUGGACUUCAGAAUCUGGCACACAACAAAAGUGCCUGGCAUCCACUACUGCUGCCUUUCAUUUAUAAUAAUAGCUCUUCCAUCUGGCAGUGGGGGAAGAAUACACUCUUGACAUUCUUGUCUCCUGCUUUAGAAUGCUAGUGUGUAUCUAUCAUGUAUGCAAUACUUUCCCCCUUUUUGCUUUGCUAACCAAAGAACAUAUAUUUUACUGUCAGUUAUUUCAACUCUUGAAUCCAUGUGGCAAAUUCUCUCCUGCUACUUCUUCUGGCCUUCUCAUCUCCCUUCUCUUUUUCAACAAUGAUAGACACGGAUUGGAUACUUAAAGUUCAUCAGAAAUCCUCUUCCCUCCCACAGUAAGCAAAAAUUAGCCUGGAAAUAGUCUAAAUGGCCUCUCAGCUUGGUAUGUGAAAAUGGGGUACAAUACUUUUUAGAGCUAAAUACAAAAACAGGAAGAUCUCUGCAAAAUUUUGUUCUAUGAAUUUCCUGGUAUUGCAAUUGGUUACUGACAGCUGCCGUGAUGAAAUUAUCUCUGAAUAUGAUAAAUAAACUAGCAUAUGAAUAAUA